CGCCCUUCUUUGCAUUAUUGAUUGUUAUUUAUGGCCAAAAGGCACAGCCGCAAGCAGCGCUUAAGGUAGCAGCAGCUGCCACUUUUACAACAAAAAAUAUAAAAAAAAAAAUACAGCGAAAAUCGAAAUCAAAUUCCAAAUCAAAAUCAAGUAUCAAGAGAACGAGACAUUGGACAGGUGUCUGGGCGAAGCAAUCGGCUUUUGAUUAAUCACAGCUACCAGUUGACAAGUGCCACAGCGCGAGGAUUUACAAUUUUUAUGGUGAUGUGAUUGGAGUUCAAUAGCCAAACAAGCAGACGCCAAGCAAAAGGAUUUGCCGCUUAGAAGGACACAGGACUUGACUAAGCUGCAACAACAACAACAACAAGCACAACAACAAUAAGAAGAUUUCGCACACUGUGGCCAGCGGGAGACGAGCAACAAACCGAAUGCAGUAUCUCAACUACGCACUGCAGACAUCCACGCGACUGCUGACCAGCCAGAGCCACAGCCAGAGUCAGAGCCAGAGCCAGACGAGCCACAAUCAGCAGCAGCUGCGCCAGCGUCAGCGUCAGCGCCACAGUCAGACAGCGGCCAUCGAGGCAGCGGCGGCGGCAAGCACGCCCAUUGAGGAGCAAAUAGCGCACGCCUGCUGCAGUCGCGGUGCCCAAUUGCUGCGACUGCGCCAACAGGAGCUGAUCAAGCGACGCGCCCUCGAGCUAGAGGAUCAGCUGAACGCCAACGACGCCAGCUGGGAUAGCGAUCCGUGCAGCAGCGAGGCCGAGGAAGGCGCUGUGGGCGGUGGCCAGCAGAAACAGGAACAGGAUCAGGAGCAGGAUCAGGAGGAGGAGAACUCCAACGAGUCGUGUCAGCCAGUCCAAUGAAAUUUACUCUCAUUUAAUGUUCAACU